GCAGUCGGCCAAGAUAAGAAAAUCAAGGAGCGAUGUUCCUAUGGCUCAUCUUCCGGAUCUUGCCUCUUCUCUAUCUUUCCUCCGCCCUUCCUCUCCCACUAUUUAUAUACUCCACACCUUUCAUAGGGCCCAACUCUUAAUCUCCACAUUAAUACACUCCAACUACAAAAAUACUACUAAACAAAACACAGCCUUCUGCACUACAUAACAAUGACCUCAUGGAAAAAAUCCAUCGCUUCCCCUUUCAAGAAAGCCUGCACUUUCUUCAAUCAACCCCAGCCCACCGCCCGCGAUCAUCAUAAGAAGUCGCAGCCAGUGAAUGAGAAUAGCGCGAUGAAUCUGCAUGGAGAGGUGAUGGCAUGCGGAUAUGAAGAUGUUCAAGUGAUGUGGUCCAUACUUGAUAAAUCCAAAUCUGCCAACUCUGGUUUUACUUCUUCAUGAUGGAUCUGCUCUGUUCAUGUACAUAUAAUUGUAACCAUUCCCAGGUUACACAGCUAGCUAGGUUCCCACCUCUUUAAUUUAUUGCUUCAGCUUCAAGAUUUGAAGCAGGUCAUGCUGUUUGAAUUUUAGGAAUUAUAGGCAAUCCCUGUGAUCAAAUCACAGCGAGAUUUUUGGAUGAACUUCUUUGUAUUUCACGAAUUUCAUCUUUCAGUUUUAUCAGUAUCAGAGCAUAUUCUGAAAAAUAUGGGCUAUCUUAAUGGCUAAACUCAACGUGAAUCUAAUGGAUCUCGUGGUGGUAUGAAUUUGAUGUUGAUUUUGAUGAAUUUAAAAUUAUUGAUGUUGAUUUUGAUGAAUUUAA